CUGAGAAGAUAUACCUGUAAAUCAGCUGUUUUGAUUAAGAUUAUUGGCUAGUAGACUAUUAUAAAAAUAUAUAAAUUCGCUGUCUGGUCGUUGAUAAAGUAUUGCUGUAUUAUGACAACUCGAGUACUAUCAUAUGCGGAAAAGGCAAGCCAAGAAAAAGAUAAAAGAGAAAGAAAUACAUUGGAUCGAUCUAAAUGCAUGUCGUUGAAAUUUGAUGAAACAUGUUAUCCAAAUGGACUUAGAAGGCAAGAUAUUUGGACUUUAUUUGAGGAUGUAGGAAUAGAAUUUUCUACAGUAGAUGGGUUUCUAAUUAGAUUGAAAACUAUAGUUGAUAUUACAUACAAAUCAAGAAAAACAGCCAUAGAAGUAGACCAAAAAUUAUGGAAUAUGAAAAAAGGGGGCAGAAGAGAUUUACCCAUGCAUAGGCUGUAUAUAGCGGAAAACAUUCCUAUAACUAUACAUGGAGUACCUUUCCCAAUGAAAGAUGAAGCAAUAAAAGAACAUUUUGAAGAAAACUAUGGAAAAAUUACAAAUAAAAUAGAACAAUUAACAGAUGACAAAGGCAUGAAAAAUGGAAUGAGAAGAAUUUUCUUGAAAACCUCAGACAUAAUCAAUAAUCCAGUUAAAAGUUAUAUAAAAAUCAAAGGGCAUACUCUAUUUGUUAAAUACUGGAACCAAAAACCUACUUGCAGAAUUUGUGGCAGCGAAGACCAUUUGAUGGAGAAAUGUGAAAGGUAUAUACCAAGAAAUGAAAGAAUUGAAGUUAAAAGAAGAGAAACUAAAGAAACAAUGGUUGAAAAACCAGAAAUAUCAGGACAAACAACAGUGAAUGAAACAAGCAAUGAAUAUGAAACGACAGACCAAGAUAUUACAAUUUUGAAAAGUAAAGAAUUAGUAACAUUUAAAAACCCAAGAUUAAACAUAAAAGAUAAACCAAUGAAUAAGAAAACAUCAGAUGGAUCUGGGAGCAUAGAAAACGAAAAAGAUGAAAAUAUUCAAAGUACUCCAGCAAAUUACAUCGUAAUCACAAAUGAUGAAAAUGGCGACAGUGAAACAAAAUUCAGAUCUGAAUUAUUUGGUAACUUAUCAGAAAUCAGUGCAGAAGAUAGUGAUAAAGAAAUUAGAGAUGUUUCUGUAAAUACAGAAUCACAACAAGAUAUUAUGCCAUUGGAUGCUUCUAAAAAUAACGAUGAAGAAAGCAAAAAAGAAUCCAGUGUAGGAAGCACCAUAGAAUAUAUAAAAACAAUAAACAUUGACAUAAAUAAAGAUAGCGUAACUAAAAAUUCGGAUGAAAAUAGUACUAAGUCGCCUAAAAGUCAAAGUCCAAAAAAGAAGAAAAAAAGACUAAAAAGUCGAACAAUGACACUUGAACAAGCAAGAAAAUUUAUAGACGAAGAAAUGGAUACAGAUUGAUAUUCAUUGUUAAACACAAAUUGUUAAA